CGUCACACCCGGAAGCAGGGAGCCGGAAGUGGGGUUGGACAGGUUCUCCCCAGGGGUGGGGACGCGGAGGCCCAGGAGGAGGGGGAAAAAGGCGGAGGCUCCCGGCUAACACUCCUCUGCAUUGGAUACCGAUUCUCUUAGAUCCCAGAGACCCAGAAAAGGGGAAAGGUGUCCCUGUUCCCUUCCUUCCUCCUCCCCUCAGCCAUAGCCAUGGCGGAGGCAGGGGCCGGGCUGAGUGAGACCGUCACUGAGACAACGGUUACCGUGACAACCGAGCCCGAGAAUCGGAGUCUAACCAUCAAACUUCGGAAACGGAAGCCAGAGAAAAAAGUGGAAUGGACAAGUGACACUGUGGACAAUGAACAUAUGGGGCGCCGCUCAUCAAAAUGCUGCUGUAUUUAUGAGAAACCUCGAGCGUUUGGCGAGAGCUCCACAGAGAGUGAAGAGGAGGAAGAGGAGGGCUGUGGUCAUACACACUGUGUACGGGGCCACCGCAGAGGACGACGUCAUGGAACCCUGGGACCGACUCCCAACACCCCUCCCCAGCCUCCCGAUCCCUCCCAACCCCCUCCAGGGCCAAUGCAGCACUAAAUUCCUCAAUCCCCACCA